AUGGCAGCUCGAUUAAGGGACGCCGACAGACCGGAAAGCAACAGAGAAUUUCUCGAAAGAACAAAUGUUAGCAGUCAGAUUCGGGAUGCUCUUUCUAAGAUGAUAGAAAACCGUCCAGAAGACCCUGUUUUAUACCUUGCAGAGUAUUUUGAAGGUAUCAGUGACAAUAAACCAAGUAAAGUUACUAAGGCGUAUCAAAGAAUAUUGCUAACACAUUACACAAGACCUGCAUUUGAAACCAAUGCAGUAGCUGCUUAUGAUACAUUGUGUACCCAAUCAGGUAUAAAAGGUUGCAAUGGCUUAACAGGCUCAGUAUACACAGAAUUACUUGCAAUGCUAUCCAGGGAUAUUUCUAGUGUGAUCUCUGAAAAGUUGCUGAAAAAAACACAAUGCCGUGAUUAUGAAGUUGUACCAUAUGAUGUGUAUUUCUCGGGUGUUUUAGCAUGUCUUGUCCUUAAAGAUUACAUAAAAGAAGCACAAAGUUUAUUUAAUGAAUUUGAUAUAUCAAAAUCAGGACAUGCAAACAGAGAACUAUGUGAUGCAGCUCUCAAUCUAUUAGAUGAAUCAGUUACUAUGACUACCAGCAAUCCUGUCAGUAUUUUAGAGGCUGGUGUUAAACUGAGUCCAGAUAAAUUAUGCAGAUUAUUAUCACAGUCAGUGUCUGUGAAACAACGAAAUACCUCAACCAUCACCUGGGAAGAGUUCAUGUUAAUAUCUGCAGAUAUUUUUCUAAAAAAGGUACCGAGUACAACACGCUGUCUUAAAGAUGUCCCACUUGUAUCAAGUUUCAAAGAGUAA